UACAAUAGAAACGGAAACGGUUGCACUCACGGAUCGUGACUGGAACAUGUAUACCAAUCCCGCCAUAAGACCUAGAAGUUACUCUUCGGUUGCCACCAGGUGGCAUAUGAGUAGCAUAUUUCUAUGAAAUCUUUUGAUGGCUGUCUGCUGUCUGCUUAACUGGGCAUUGAUGUUGGAACUUCGAAUAUUGGCGCAUUUGAGCGAAGACGCAGGUCUUUGUUCUGUUCUUAGCCAACCCGAUGGCGAUGUUUUCCGCGGCAUUGUAUCGGUUUGGAAAAAGAAAAAGCAAGAAGAAGUCAGAGACGAUGAAAGGCAAAAAGCGAAACAAAUCUGCUACGGGAUUGUUUACGGCAUGGGAUGUAAAUGUUUAGCCGAACAGUUGGAAGUCGGGGAAGAAGAGGCUCAACUCUUUGUUAACACUUUCCACGCAACGUAUCCUAGUAUACAAAGCUUUAUAACAAACACAGGUCAACCGAUGUGGAAAAAAAUUCAGGAGGAAAAUGAAUUGAGCUGCUGACAUUGGCCUAUUCUGGAAUACAUCAGUUUGCAUCAUAA